CCCGAUCAGUGUUUUUUUCGUCUUGUGUUUACUGUGAUCUUCUUGAUUUGCUUUUUUGUUGUUGUUGUUGCUUCGUCCUGGCGCUUCGGUUGUCAGUAAUCUCAUUUAUCCCGUUCGCGCUUUCUCUUGCUUCAGCACCCUGUUGACAUGUAGAUGGCAGGGGGCGACGCGACCGAAAGGACACAUAUUGUUCGGCGAAGUGCAAUUCAGUUUUAGGAGUCGCGUUUGUCUGUUUUAUUUAUUUAUUUCGCGCGGGACGCGAGGAUCACUAACAACAGGAGCAACUCGUCUCAUUCCCAGCGCGUGUCUCGUCCUGCUUUAUCCGAAAUACGCGCCGCUGAUAUUUUAUUUCAUUUAGUGUGACAAUGCUACUUUUAUUCAGGUGGACUGAAGUUGAAUCCAUGUGCUCGCUGCGUGAUUUUACAUGCUGCUAAUUGCGGGGAUUCCGCUUAUGUUCCCUUUAGUCGCGUGCGCAGGCUGAGCAGGCGCAGUUUCCCGCAGCGUAAAAAUACUCUUGCAGCCGAAACACGCAUUAUUACGGGCGCACUCCGCCGGUUGCGUCCGCGGCGUACCGAUCGCCAUUAACAGUCUUAAUGAAGUUGGCAUUGCGGCUCCGCGCACUGGCGGCUCCCUUACGCUUAGCGCACAAGUGGGAAGCAGUUUCACUUUUGUCCACAAAGCGGUACUAUUCGUUGACAAUGACGUGCGUGCGGCUCGGUACCCCCACUCCAGCUCUGAAGGAUCCGAGGAUUUAAAAAAAAAAGUUUCUUUGAAGUUGAGAGUGUGUUGUGUCUUUAUUUAGAAUGCCUUGCUUUAACACGACCGGCAAUAUAUAGAUACUAGAUCUAGCUUUGGGAGGAUAUAUUUAAUAAUCACAAAAGGGGGCAUCCUGUUCUCCCUGUCGUAAUAGCUUGGGAAUUCUCUGCGACUUAACUUUCGCUGGAGGUCACGCCAAUUGACCUGAAAAGAAUGCAUAAGCCAUAAAUUAAAAUAAACCCCUCAUCUUGAAGUCCGAUCCAUUUAGAGACAAUACACAACCUGGACAAACCAGGCUUCGUUUACAAGCGGACAAAACGGCGCACGGUUCUGGGACGGAGGAGCUCCACAAUUGCUGUUUGCCGUGAGUGGAAGUUCCCUCAUAAGGUCAUUUUCAUGAAUUCAACGUCAGCGGACCAGUGAUCACUGGGUGCAGGGGCUGAAAUCUUUCCGUUUCUAGUAAUGUCUUCCAAGCAAGCCACCUCUCCGUUCGCCCCCGCCACUGACGGAGAGGACGCCAUGAGCCAAGAGCGCCUGCCCUGGGACAAGGAGGAAAACUCGGAGCUCCACGGCAUCCCACAGAUGGCCCCGCACGGCCUGCUGCAUGGGAAGGCUCACCCCGAGGAGCUUCCCAUCAUCAACAGCAUCUCACCAGAGUCCGACUGGGACAACAUGCUAACGGCACAGCAGCGGAUGGAAUCUGACAGCAAUAAAGUGUGCGCCCUCUACUCGUUCCGGAAUAACUCUACCUCACCACAGAAGCCUGAGGAGGGGGCCCGGGAGCGUGGGGACCUGCUGGGGGGCUCCGCUUUCGGCACACCAGAACGCCGCAAAGGAAGCCUGGCCGACGUGGUAGACACGCUUAAGCAGAAGAAGCUGGAGGAGAUGACAAAGACCGAGCAGGACGAAUCUUCUUGCAUGGAGAAGCUCCUGUCUAAGGAUUGGAAGGAGAAAAUGGAAAGGCUGAACACAAGUGAGCUGCUGGGGGAGAUUAAAGGCACCCCUGAGAGCCUGGCGGAGAAGGAGCAGCAGCUCUCCACCAUGAUCACCCAGCUGAUCGGCCUGCGGGAGCAGCUCCUGGCCGCCCAUGAUGAGCAGAAGAAGCUGGCGGCCUCACAGAUGGAGAAGCAGCGGCAGCAGAUGGAGCUGGCCAGGCAGCAGCAGGAGCAGAUUGCAAGACAGCAGCAGCAGCUUCUACAACAACAGCACAAAAUCAACCUCCUGCAGCAGCAGAUCCAGCAGGUCCAGGGUCACAUGCCUCCGCUCAUGAUCCCCAUCUUCCCACAUGACCAGCGCACCCUGGCAGCGGCAGCUGCAGCCCAGCAAGGGUUCCUGUUCCCGCCCGGGAUCACGUACAAGCCGGGUGAUAACUACCCGGUGCAGUUCAUCCCAUCCACAAUGGCUGCUGCCGCCGCGUCGGGACUCAGCCCGCUGCAGCUGCAGCAGCUAUAUGCCGCCCAGCUGGCCAACAUGCAGGUCUCCCCCGGAGCCAAGAUGCCCUCUCUCCCACAGCCACCCAACUCGUCGGGGCCCAUCUCGCCCACUGGCUUCAAGGGCGAGAAGAGGCCAUCCAGUCCCGUGACUCAAGUCAAGGAUGAAGGAACACAGCCCCUCAACCUUUCCGCCCGACCCAAGACCGCCGAGUCGGUGAAGAUCCCAACCUCCCCCACACACAGCCUGUUCCCAGGCAGUAAGAGCAGCCCCAACAGCCUUCCAGCCAAGGGCAUCCCCAGCCCCAUCUCCAGCCUUGCCCGGGGAUCCUCUCUGGAUAUCCUGUCCAGCCUGAACUCCACAGCCCUCUUUGGGGAUCAGGACACAGUGAUGAAGGCCAUCCAGGAGGCCCGAAAGAUGCGGGAGCAGAUACAGAGGGAGCAGCUACAGCACCACCCGCAGGGCAUGGACAGCAAGCUCGCCAGCCUGGGCAUGGGCCUCAACAACUGCAGGGGUGACAAGGAGAGAGCGCAUUUCGAGAGCCUUGGUCAUCAUCUAGGGAAGCUGGCUGAAGAUGGCAAGAUGGGUCACAGAGUCAUCGAUCUCACCAGGCCCGAAGACAUCGAUGGUAAAAAGCAAGUCAACGGCUCAGCAGAUAAACAACAGCAAUAUUAUUGUUGGCCAACAGGAGGCGCCAGCACAACCGAGGCACGUGUCUACAGGGAAUCCCGGGGAAGGAACAGCAACGAGCCCCACAUCAAGCGACCCAUGAACGCCUUCAUGGUCUGGGCAAAGGACGAGAGGAGGAAGAUCCUCCAGGCCUUUCCGGACAUGCACAACUCCAACAUCAGCAAAAUCCUCGGUUCCCGCUGGAAGUCCAUGAGCAACCAGGAGAAGCAGCCGUACUACGAGGAGCAGGCCCGGCUCAGCAAGAUCCACCUGGAGAAGUACCCCAACUACAAGUACAAACCGCGGCCCAAGCGCACCUGCAUCAUCGACGGCAAGAAGCUGCGCAUCGGCGAGUACAAGCAGAUGAUGCGCUCGCGGAGGCAGGAGAUGAGGCAGUUCUUCACUGUGGGGCAACAGCCCCAGAUCCCCAUCAGCACCAGCGCCGGUGUGGUGUACCCUGGCGCCAUAACCAUGGCCACCACCACGCCCUCCCCGCAGAUGACGUCGGACUGCUCCAGCGCCUCGGCCAGCCCCGAGCCGGCCAUCCCCGUCAUCCAGAGCACCUACGGCAUGAAGGUAGAGCCCAGCACCAUGCUGCCCGGCGAGGCGAUCAAUGGCGACGAUGACAUGGACAUGUACGAGGACUUCGAGGACGAACCCAAAUCGGACUACAGCAGUGACAAUGAGACACAGGAGCCGGUCAGCGCUAACUGAGCCCAGCCCGGCGGGCAUCUGACAGACUGGUACCGGAAAGAUCCCGAGAGACGGGGGAAAAAAAAUACAAAGGAGAAAUAGCUAGAAUGAAAGAAAAGGAACUCAUUUCUUAACGUAUAUCUCUAGGAGCCUGCAUGCAGAUGUGGCUCCCAUGGAUUCAACAGCUAUUUGUCUUCAAUGUUUCAAAAUGUGUGAAGUAGUUUGAUUGUUUUCAUUUUACUUUUGUUUCACAGUUUUUAUUUUGGUCACAGACGUUUUACACAGCUAGGUCAUUGCCUACGAGACUUCGGAUGUCAGGACUUGAAAUUUAACAUUUAAUACGAAUGCAUAGCUCUCACAGUCUUAAUUUGCUCUUACAAAUACAUACGCGUAUAUAUAUUUUUUUCCUUUUGAAUGCUUUUAAUAGCUUACAUUACUGUUUGUGAUGGGGGGUAUAUAUUCUCACUCAGGUAUGCUGUGCCAGCCAACAGCUCGUGAAUGUGUUUUUAAUCUGAAAAUGAGAAACGGAAAUAGGUGCGAUACAAUUUCUAGCGGAGGCAAGACAUAGAGCAGGUCCACAGGUGUGCUGAGGAGCACAGAGAGAAAGGCUCCCUGACCUUUAUCAUUCUUCAUCGCUUGUUACUUUUAGUACAGUUUUGACUCUAGAUGUGCCAAACCUCUUCGCGACCCUUCUUCACACGCGCAUCUUAAAUCCGCAAGUCUUAAGGGAGACCCCCGACUGAGUCACCGACAAUCCUUCUGCAUUGUAAUCAGUUCCCCCCCACCUCCGAACCGCCAUUCAGGGCUGGGCGUAGCCACGGCGGUUCCAGAGGGGUCCGGUAUAGUGAUCACCGACCCCCCACUGGCAGCCGUGGCUUCAGAGACCAGCUUACCCAGUCAGUCCUUAAUCAGAGUGAUUGUAAUCAGGCCAAAAUGCUGAAGGGGCCAGAGGCCUGCACUCUGUGGGAUUGAAAAAGCAGUAAGAUGCAGCUUUGCUCGUGUUACAGUCGCAAAUUGCUCUUGUACAUUAUGUACAGUACAUUCUGUUAAACACUUCAGCCCCUAGAGGAACAUGAAGUUUAAACUCCUUGAUCUUAAAGUCUUUUUCUGACACUUAAGUCUUUUUUUUCCUGCAUUGUAAAUCUUAAUCAACACACAGAGUCUUAAGUCUGAAGCCCACAAGUGGGUCCACGCUUUCCCCAUCAUCACCCGAGUCUUACCCGUCUGCAGAAGGGACACGCCGAUGCGGCAUGCCGAGCGGACGAGCCACCCUGCAGACACGUACGAAGGGCGCUAUAUCCCGUUGCAUUCUGAGUGCAGAUCAUUUCUCUCCAGACACCUGAAGAAUACCUUGAUCCAAUUGGAUCGAUUGGUUGCCUAGUUACGGUAAUCGAUUGCACUUAAUUGUUUCUAAGGAUGUUAAGGACAGAUUGGUAAAAUCCGCACCUCUGGCUCAAAGUCUUAGAGGAGUAGGUGACCCCAUGACCCACCCUGAGGUCAGGAGGAUCUUCAUUCGCUUGAGCAGCUCACAGGUGGUUGCCCCGAAAAAGGACAGCCGUGGGACAGCCAGCUGUCAACAGAGCCAAGUUGGCUCCCGUCCCAUAAAACCCCCCUCCCCCCCAUACCCUGCCCUGCCCACCCUGUAUUUCAGUGAGGUCGAAACCCCACCCGGCCGGCCCAUCCGCACGGCCGCUCCUGCUCCUGGUGAC